GGCCGGGCCAUGGUGCGGCGCGCCCGGCUGGCGUUGGUAGCGGCAACGCUGGUGGCGCUGGGGGCGCCGGUGGGUCAGGGCGCCCGGGCCCUGGAGUGGUACACGGCGUGGGUGAGCACGGCCUACGUGGAGCCGCUCAGCAACCGCACGGUGCGGGGCAACACGGAGAGCGGCCGUUACGGGGACAGCUCGCCCAAGGAGAGCGCCCAGGGCCUGGUGGGCAUCCCUCGCGGCGCCUCACCGCGGCACAUGGAGGGUUGCGCCACCGACACGGAUUAUGACGUGCCGCUGCCGCCCGGCGGCCGCGGACCCCCUGAGGGCGACCCACCGCCCUGGAUAGCCCUGGUAGCCCGCGGCGGCUGCACCUUCAAGGACAAGGUCACCAACGCGGCGCGGAAGCGGGCGGCCGCCGUGGUAAUCUACAAUGAGGCUCGCUUCGGUAACAGCACCGUCUCCAUGUCCCAUCUAGGAACAGGAAAUACAGUGGUGAUAAUGGUUGGCUAUCCAAAAGGAAUAGAGAUACUAGAGCCAGUGCGAAGAGGGAUUCCAGUGAAAAUGACCAUUAUUGUUGGCACACGACAUGUGCAGGAAUACAUUAGUGGCCAGUCAGUUGUGUUUGUAGCCAUUGCCUUCAUCACUAUGAUGAUUAUAUCGCUUGCUUGGCUCAUAUUUUACUAUAUACAACGUUUCCUCUAUACAGGAUCACAGUUUGGAAGCCAGGGCCAUAGGAAAGAAACCAAGAAAGCAAUCAGCCAGCUUCAGCUGCAUACUGUGAAACGUGGAGAAAAGGGAUUAGAUGUUGAUGUGGAAAACUGUGCUGUGUGCAUUGAGAACUAUAAACUGAAAGACACUGUCCGAAUUCUGCCAUGCAAGCAUAUCUUCCACAGAACAUGCAUUGACCCUUGGCUUUUGGACCACCGAACUUGUCCAAUGUGUAAACUAGAUGUUAUCAAAGCUUUGGGAUACUGGGGGGACCCUGAAGAUGUGCUUGAAGUUCCAAUGCCUGAGUCAAUAAGUGGCAGUGUUUCAGUCGGAAGUCUGAGUAUUGCUUUACAAGACGAUGACAGAAAUGAAGUAAGCGAGUUGUCAGCUUCCUCCACUAACGAAUCUGUGUUGCAGUGCACCAGUUUGAAGGAGGAUGCAGGUGAAACCACCGCAUUACUUGACGUGGACGUCAGUAAUAACCGGCAUGGAGAGCAUCUAUCUAAUGGAAGUUCCCACUGA